UGACUGUGGCCCAAGGUGGAUAUUUAUUGAUCAUUAAAGGAAUUAUGAAAAAAUGCACAGCACUGCCCCAUCUGCCACUCUUCUUUAGUUUUCGAAAAUAGCUCCUUAUAAAAUGAUGUGAUGACUUAUCAUUUCAUAAUUGUAUCCAUUUUAAUGUCUAAUAUGAUGCAUGUCAAAGGCUGUCACUUUCAUAAGCUUUUGCUUAUUUUAAGUUGAAAGAGGCUCUGAGACCAAAAAGUUUGAGACAGGCCAUCGAAAAGCAAAAUCCACCAUGACAAAGUGUCCUCUGCUCUGCCGGCACGUCCCUGACCAAUGCUCAGCCAGAGAGUUCCCUCGGAUUCCUUCUGCCGAGCGGACGUCCUGAGGGACGUUGUCCUUCAGGGUUGGUCACGGUCCAGGAGGGUUUCCAAAGUCUCCCUUGGAUGUGGGGAUCAGUGACUGGCACUCGGCAGAAUCUCCUAAGAGAUCUGGAUCUGCCCGCUGCCCCAAAGGAAAAAGCGCUGUCCAUGGUGUCUGGGAGGGCCACAUAAGGUGCCCCAUGGGUGGGUAAGACAGAGACACUUAGAGGGCUGAUCCUGGCUCAGCAAGAAUGUAUUUCCUUCAGGCCUCGGUGACCUUCUGGGACGUGGCUGUGGAUUUCACCAGGAAGGAGUGGAGGCUCCUGGAGCCGGCCCAGAGGGCCCUACACAGGGACGUGAUGCUGGAGAACUAUCAGAACCUGGUCUCUGUGGGGAUUCCUGUUUCCAGACUGGAUGUAAUUUCCCUGUUGGCAAAACAAGAAGCACAAUGGAUACCAGAAGUCCCUGGGGGGACCUGUCCAGAUUCUUCCAGUGAGGAGACCAGAUUUGAACCCAAAGAUUCAAAUUUGAUGCAGGCCAUUCGCCUGAGAGCAUCAUUUAAGAAAAGAUUGACAAAGAAUACAGUAGCUCGGCAUUCCAAGAUGAGAGUACCUGAGGCACGCAAUGUUAAUGUAGAGAAACAGGACAACCAAGAGAGACAAUCCAGACAAAUAACAAUCACUUCCAGAAAAACUUUCCAUAAUGUGAAAGUACCUCGCUGUAAUAAAUUUGGGAGAAGUUUUAAUCUGGAAUCAAAUUUUGUUGCACCAUGGAGAAGAACUAUGGGAAAAAGUCUCCAAAAAUACAAGACACUUGGAAGAAACUUCAAAGGUUUUCCCUAUUUAAUUACAAGUAAUAGAUUCUUCUUCCAGAAAGACCUCUGUAAGUAUACCAAAUGCAAAAAACCCUUCAAUUACCACUCAGAUUUAAUUAAAUUUCAUAAAAUGCCUGCUGUAGGAAGGCUAUCUGAACCUAAUGAACGUGAAAAAGUAUUUGGCAAAAGAUCAGAUGACAGUGGACAUCAGAGGGUUCGUAAUGAAGAGAAACAUUACAAAUGUAAUAAAUAUGGGAAAUUCUUCAGAGACAGAAAAGGUUCGAUUAAACAUAAUGUGAUUCAUAUUAGGAAGAAAUCUUUUUCACAUAAUCAAAGUGAGAAAGUCUUCACUGAAAAGGGACAUGUUAAUACACCACAGAGAACUCAUAAUGAAGAAAAACUCUUUAAAUGUAAUGACUGUGGGAAAGCUUUCAGUCAGAGGGGAAAUCUAAUUAGUCAUCAGAGAGCUCAUACUGGAAGGAAACCCUUUGCGUGUAGUACCUGUGGGAAAACUUUUAGCCAUAAGGGAAACCUAAUGAGUCAUCAGAGUGUCCACACUGGAGACAAACCUUUUGCAUGUAGUACAUGUGGGAAAGUCUUUGGCCAAAUGAGACAUCUUAUUAUACAUAGAAGAAAUCAUAGCGGGCGGAAACCCUUUGUUUGUAAUGAAUGUGGAAAAGCCUUUAUCAGGAGAGGGCACCUUAUUACGCAUCAGAGAAUCCAUACUGGAGAAAAACCUUUUGCCUGUAAUGAAUGUGGGAAAAAGUUCAGUGAGAGGAGAAAUCUUAUUACCCAUCAGAGAAUUCAUACUGGAGAAAAACCUUUUGCUUGUGAUGAAUGCGGAACAGGCUUCCGACAGAGAGUAAGCCUCAUCAUACAUCAGAGAACUCACACUGGAGAGAAACCUUUUGCAUGUAAUGAAUGUGGGAAAGGCUUCAGACAGAGUGGACACCUUACUACACAUCGAAGAAUUCAUACUGGACAGAAACCCUUUAAAUGCAAUGAAUGUGAAAAAACCUUCAGUGAGAGGAGAACGCUUAUUACUCAUCAGAGAAUUCAUACGGGAGAGAAACCCUUUACAUGUAAUGAAUGUGAGAAAACCUUUACUCAAAGGGCAAGUCUCAUUACUCAUCAGAGGACUCAUGCUGGAGCCAAACACUUUGAAUGUAAUGAAUGUGGGAAAGCUUUCUUUAGGAGGGGACACCUUAUUACACAUCAAAGAAGUCACACUGGAGAGAAACCCUUUGCAUGUGAUGAAUGUGAGAAAACUUUCAGUAAGAGGAGAAACCUUAUUACCCAUCAAAGAACUCAUACUGGAGAGAAACCCUUUACAUGUAAUGAAUGUGAGAAAACCUUUACUCAAAGGGCAAGCCUUAUUAGCCAUCAGAGAAGUCACACUGGAGAGAAACCUUUUACAUGUAAUGAAUGUGAGAAAAUUUUCAGUGAGAGAAGAAAUCUUAUAACUCAUCAAAGAACUCACACUGGAGAGAAACCCUUUACAUGUAAUGAAUGUGAGAAAACCUUUACCCAAAGGGCAAGCCUUAUUAGCCAUCAGAGAACUCAUACUGGAAAGAAACUGUUUCCAUGUAAUGAAUGUGGGAAAGCAUUUACCCAAAAGGCAAGCCUUAUUACUCACCAGAGAACACAUACUGGAGAGAAACCUUUUGCAUGUAAUGAAUGUGGAAGAUCGUUUACUCGAAGAGCAAAUCUUAUUACGCAUCAGAGGACCCAUGCGAGAGGAAAAUCUUUUGAAUGUAAUAACUGUGAAAAAAGCAUAGAAAACCUUUACCCAAAGGGCAAGCCUUAUUAGCCAUCAGAGAACUCAUUCCAGAGAGAAACUGUUUCCAUGUAAUUAAUGUGGGAAGUCAUUUACCCAAAAGGCAAGCCUUAUUACUCACCUAGAGAACACAUACUGGAGAGAAACCUUUUGCAUGUAAUGAAUGUGGAAAAUCAUUUACUUAAAGAGCAAACUUUAUUAUCUAUCAGAGGACCCAUGUGAGAAGAAAAUCUUUUGAAUGUAAUGAAUGAAAAAAAAAAAGUUUCAUCCUGAGGAAACAUCUUAUUGCACAUGAAAAUAUUCACUCUGAAGAGAAACUCUUUGAAUGUAACAAAUGUGGAAAAGCCUUCAGUGGGAAGGAAUGCUUUAUUAAACAUCAAAAAAGUCAAACUGGAGUGAAAUGUAUUGAAAAUGAUAAAUACAAGGUGCUUCUGAUGUCCUUGCUUAGUUCUGUACUGUUUAAUAUUUUUUAUCAAUUACUUAGUUGUUAUGCUUAUCAGGUUUGCAGAUGGCCCAAAGCCAGUAGCUGGGAGAAUAAGGAAAGGCUUCCUUCAAAAGUUGGCAUUUGGGCUAUGUUGGAGGAAUCCAAAGAAGGUAAAAGGCAGGAUGAGAACAUUUCAAGAAUUGGAGACAGUCUAGGCAAAAACAGAGGGUAGAGUAUUGUGUUCAAUGAACAGCAAGUGGCCUAUUAUGUGGGAAAGAGUAAAGGAUGAAAAAAGAAAAAGGGACCGAGUUGUGAAGAGUUUUAAAUGGCAAACCAAGGAGUUUAUUUUUAACCUUGGACAUAAGGCAUUGCUGGAUUUUAUUGAGUGUGGAGGGGAAGUAACAUCAUCUUAUCUAAGAUUUAGGAAAAAUCACUUUGGCAGCUAAGUAAAGGUUGGAUGGAAACGGUACAGAUUUGAAGCAGGGAGACCAAUUAUGAGACUAUUUCAUUUGUCCAAACAAAGGAUAAUUGAUUGGGUAGUGUUUUUUUUUUUUCUUUUUUCUUCCUUCCUGAAGAGUUAAUAAAAUUCUUUAAAAAAAGAAAAACAUUGUCCUAUCUUCAGGAACAGCUGAGUUUUAAAACUAAUCAAGUUAGUAGCUAUUGUUUUACAUUAAGUCAUCUUAAAACAUUCACACAGUAUAGUUUUCUUAGCUAAGUAAAUAUAGUCGAGUGACAAGGAGUUAGUCAACAAAUAUUUAUUACAGUAUGUGUGUGAGAGGGACAUAGACUAUUCUAGGGGAAAGGCAGUAACUCCUGGGAGUGAUCAGAAAAGGCUUCAUUUACAAGGUGGAUGGUACUUAAGCUGAGGGAUUCUGAGAGAUGGAGACCAGGAAGUACAUUCCGGACCUAAGCACAGUCAGUGCAUGGAUUGGGAAUGGAGUAUCACAUGAGAGAAUACUGAGGUGGUCAGUGUGGGUGGAUCAUUAUUCACUUGGAGGUAAAUAAGAGACUGGAAGAGUAUUUUGGGUGCAGAUUGUGAGGGACCUUAAAUGUCAAAAAGACAUUUGACUAUGAAGUUAAUAGGGAAUAUAGUGUUUUCUUAAUAGGGGAGCAGGACAGUCUUGUACUUAAAGACAGUCACUUUCGCAGGUGAAUGAAAGAUGAAUUGGAAAGGGCAGAUAUUCAAGGCAGGAACACCAAUUAGGAAAUUACUUCAGUUGCCCAGAUAGAGGUGAUGAGGGCCUGAACUGGGGUGUAAUGUAUGGGAGCGAAGAGAAGGGGGUGUAUGUUAGAUAUGUGAUGGAGAUUGAGGACAUUAUUAAAUUGAAGAAUGACAGGAUGAUGUAGUUUAUUUCAUAUAAACAUCAUUUGGUUUAAUAGGAUGUUUGCUUGGAGAAAACAUUGGGCCAAAUGAGAGCUUUCUUUAAGAACUAGA